GUUUUUUGAAAAAGGAAAAGGGCAUGGAGGGAAACAGAAUACUGAUCCUCCUCAGUUUUGGCGUUAUCUGAUCAUCCGUUGAUUCGCUUAAACGAAAGUAUUAUGCCGAUGAGCUAGAGUUUGUUGAAAACUCGGCCUGAGUCUCAGUGGUGAAUAGUGAGGAUGAUGCGACCCAGUAGAUUACGUUUACCAGCUUCUCUCUUUGCUGCAAUCACCGCUCAACAAGGAAUCAAAUUGGCUCCUGCAAAUCUUAGAAGAAAUUGCAAUGCUAAGAUAAACAAUUCAAUCAGGUUAUUGUCCAUGGGGGCUGUAAGAUUCAUUUGCCGGUCAAAAGAGACUCAGAGCCUGAAACGUUCCUUCCAUAAUGCCUCUGAUGAAGAUGACUCCUCAGCAUUGGGUCCACUAGCUGGUAAAGGUGAAACUGAACUUCGGAAAUUGGUGACUGAAAAACCUGAUCUUUAUGAGAAGAGAAAUCCUACCAGAAAAGCUUUGUCAGGAUCAUCUUUGCCUGCAAAAAGAAGCAAAGAAAUCAUUUCCCCUUCCCCUGAGAUCGAGACACUGAAGAAUGUCUACAGAUUUGAUAUUAACAACAAAUGCUCAUCUAAUAUAAGAAAGCCAAACUCUGUUUGUAUUAAGAACGUACCUUCUGUACUCGGCCUCUCUCAGUUAAAAGAAGCGCUCUCUGCUUUUGGGAUUAUUUCACAUUCUUCGAAGAGGACAAGACAAAACGAACUUGAUUUAAAAAUCUAUAUCCAUUUAAUCAGCCUUUUUGCUCCACUUCUUUCACUUUGCAUGGUUAUCUAAUAGGAUUCGAUGUGUGUGCUUCAAGAGUGUCGAAUCAAGCAUGAAAGGAAUUUCAGUUGGUGAAAUUACUGUAAGGAGCUAUAGUCUUGCAAAUUGUCCACUUUAUUGUCAAGAGGCAGUGACCAUAAGAAUCAGCAGCAUCAGCUCAGGGCUACUGACUCUGCAAUACAUUCAGGUUGCAAGUCAUAUGGUGCUUUGGAGGGGCUUUCAAGGACAAAAGUAGAUGCAGUGGAUGCCUUGUUUAGCAUGGAGGAUGAUACAGAAACACAUAGCAUACCUAGAAGGUAAGAAAAAUGAAAUACGUGCCUUUCUUUGACCUCUCGAAUAGUAUUUCACGGUUGGUUCUCCAUCAAUAUAUUUUUUCUUGUGCUGAUUCUAUAGAAAUAAAUAAAUAAAUAAAUAAAAUUAUUGGAUACUUAUUUUAGCAUAUAAAUGGAGGAGUAAUUACUGCAUUUGUUUAAAGAGUUGGCUUUGGAAGUCGCAUUGAAACGUCUCACUUCCGGAAAUCUGAUGUCAUUAGAAUAAAGUUUUGCAAAAUGUUACAUCAAACCCAAAAAUUCAAUAAUGUUGGGAUGAUUUGUUAAUGAAAUGGAUAGCUGCCUUGUUUUUCCAUUUUAAUUUCACUAUGUGCCUAUAUUUGUCUG